AUGUGUAACGCAAAUCAAAUUAUUGGAAGAAUAACGAUUGAACCAUUUUUGCUGUCACUGGCAAAGACUUCAAAGCCCAGAACGCUGAGAGAGUGUAACCAAAUCCAUGCAAAGCUCAUAGUCUCUCAAUGCAUUUCACAAACCCACUUAACCAACACCCUUUUGAGUUUGUACUCAAAAUCUGCUCACUUCCGCCAUGCACACCUCCUGUUCGACCAAAUGCCUCACAGGAAUGUUGUCACCUGGACAACCUUAAUUUCCGCGCAUCUUCGAACUGGGUCUCUCCCAAAAGCCUUUGAGAUGUUCAAUCACAUGCGUGCAAUGGAUGAGAGACCCAAUGAGUACACGUUCUCUGUUCUGCUUAGGGCUUGUGCUUAUCCUGCUUUGCGGGAUAUGGGUUUGCAGAUUCAUGGUACCUUACUUCGUUCUGGGCUUGAGAGAUACAAGUUUGCUGGGAGCUCUCUUGUAUAUAUGUACUUCAACAGUGGCAAUGGUCUCGGGGAUGCAUGUCGUGUUUUUCAUGACUUGAUGGAGAGAGACCUUGUUGCAUGGAAUGUUAUGAUUUCUGGGUUUGCUCAAGUUGGCGAUUUUAGCAUGGUUCAGAGGUUGUUUUCUGAAAUGUGGGAAAUUCAAGGCUUGAAACCCGAUAAUAGUACACUUAGUAGCUUCCUGAAGUGCUGUUCUUCGUUGGAAGAGGUGAAGCAAAUUCACGGGCUUGCAUCCAAGUUUGGUGCUGAAGUUGAUGUUGUGGUGGGCAGUGCUUUGGUUGACUUGUAUGCCAAAUGUGGGGACUUAAGUUCUUGCAGGAAAAUCUUUGAUUCCAUGGAGGAGAAGGAUAAUUUUGUUUGGAGUUCCAUCAUUUCAGGCUAUACCAUAAAUAAUAGAGGAGAGGAUGCUGUGCAUUUCUUCAAGGACAUGUGUAGACAAAGAUUGAAACUAGAUCAGCAUGUAUUAUCGAGUACAUUGAAAGCUUGUGUUGAAAUAGAGGACUUGAACACAGGAGUUCAAGUGCAUGGCCAAAUGAUAAAAAAUGGGCAUCAGAAAGAUUGUUUUGUAGCAAGUGUGCUGUUGACUCUCUAUGCCAGUCUUGGUGAACUAAUGGAUGCGGAAAAGUUGUUCAGAAGGAUUAAUGAUAAAGAUAUUGUAGCAUGGAACUCUAUGAUCUUGGCUCAUGCUCAGCUGGAGCAGGGAUCUGGCCACUCUAUGCAACUAUUACAAGAAUUUCGUCGAACAACCUUUUUGCAAAUUCAAGGUGCCACUCUGAUUGCUGUUUUAAAGUCUUGUGAGAAUAAAUCAGAUUUACCUGCAGGUAGACAAAUUCAUUCACUUAUACUGAAAUCAAGUGUAGGUCAUCAUACUUUAGUUGGCAAUGCAUUAGUCCACAUGUACUCUGAGGGUAGACAAAUUGGUGAUGCAUUUAGAGCUUUUGAUGACAUUGUUUGCAAAGAUGAUAGUUCUUGGAGUUCUAUUAUUGGAACUUAUAAACAAAAUGGGAUGGAAUCAGAAGCAUUAGAGCUAUGCAAAGACAUGUUGGCUGAUGGAAUCACUUUUACUAGUUAUAGCCUUCCACUAUGUAUUUCAGCUUGCUCACAACUUUCAGCUAUAGGUGUGGGUGAACAAUUGCAUGUUUUUGCUAUUAAGUGUGGUUACAAUCAUGAUGUCUAUGUUGGAAGUUCCAUUACAGAUAUGUACGCUAAAUGUGGAAACAUGGGGGAGUCAGAGAAAGUUUUUGGUGAACAAAUAGAGCCAAACGAAGUAAUUUAUAAUGCCAUGAUCUGUGGAUAUGCACAUCAUGGAAAAGCACAGCAAGCCAUAGAAGUAUUCAAUAAGAUAGAGAAGAAAGGUUUGACCCCCAAUCAUGUAACUUUCUUAGCUGUGCUAUCAGCUUGUAGCCAUGCAGGUUAUGUAGAAGAUACUUCGUAUUUCUUUACAUUGAUGCUUCACAAAUACAAGAUUAAGCCAGAAUCUGAGCAUUAUUCGUGCCUAGUUGAUGCCUAUGGUAGGGCUGGAAGGCUGGAAGAAGCUUAUCAAAUAGUGCAAAAGGAUGGAAGUGAAUCAGCAUGGAGAACAUUACUUAGUGCCUGUAGGAAUCAUAAUAACACAAAAAUUGGAGAAAAAUCUGCAAUGAAGAUGAUAGAAUUGAAUCCCAGUGAUCAUGCUUCUUAUAUUCUUCUUUCAAACAUUUACAUUGGAGAGGGAAAAUGGGAAGAAGCUCUUAAAUGUAGGGAGAAAAUGACUACAAUUCAUGUGAAGAAAGAUCCAGGAAGUAGUUGGUUGAUGUGA